UGGGGACUUAACACUGUUUCAUACAUACUUUCUCUUUACAAAUGCUGACGUAUAUUCUAUCUUCAGUCGAGAAAAUACACACACACGCAGAACUUGGUGACGUGAAAAUUUCAAAACGGUACUUUGAAAUCGAAUUCCAAAAUGGUCCGGUGUUAACACAAAAGUGCCCCAUGCCAAUGUAGUUUAUCAAUUAAAUGUGAUUAUUUUGUGAGUGGGUGUGAUGUUCAGUUUAGUGACUUAUUUUAUUUAUAUAUUAGAUUAAUUAAUUACAAAAAAUGAAUCUUCAGUGCUGCCUAACCGUUAUUGGAUUUGUCUUACUUUCCUUGGUUAACACAGAAAAACCACACAGCAAGUUAGAAAAACAAAGAUACGAUGGAUGGUUCAAUAACUUAGCUCAUCCCCAUUGGGGUUCAGUAGACAGUCAUUUGAUAAGAAAGGCCCCUUCAGCCUACUCUGAUGGAGUUUAUAUGUUGUCAGGCCAAAACAGACCUAGUCCAAGAACCUUAAGCAGACUUUUUAUGAAGGGUCAAGACGGCAUGGGUUCGAUGAGCAAUCGCACAGCGCUGCUGGCUUUUUUCGGCCAACUAGUCACCUCCGAAGUUGUGAUGGCCAGCGAGAGCGGAUGUCCCAUCGAAAUGCAUCACAUCGAAAUCGAAAAAUGCGACGAAAUGUACGACAAGGAGUGCAAAGGAGACAAGUACAUACCAUUUCACAGGGCCAGUUACGACAGAAAGACCGGACAAAGUCCCAAUGCGCCCAGAGAACAAUUAAAUCAAGUUACAAGUUGGAUAGAUGGCAGUUUUAUAUACAGUACCAGCGAACCAUGGAUAAGUAACAUGCGAUCAUUCGAAAACGGCACCCUUUUAACCGAUCCAACUGGGACAAUGCCUGUACGAAACUCCAUGCGAGUGCCUCUAUUCAACAACCCAGUGCCGCACAUGAUGAAAAUGCUCAGCACAGAAAAAUUGUUCUUGUUGGGAGAUCCGAGAACCAACCAAAAUCCCGCCCUAUUGACCAUUAGCAUCUUGUUUUUUCGUUGGCACAACGUGGUGGCUACAAGAAUUCAAAAGUUUAAUCCCACUUGGACUGACGAGGAAGUUUUUCAAAAAGCAAGAAGAAUUGUAGUGGCAACUUUGCAAAAUAUUAUUUUAUAUGAAUAUUUACCGGCGUUUCUUGGGGAGCAUCUUCCCAAAUACGAAGGAUAUAACGCGGAUAUUCAUCCAGGAAUAUCCCACGUUUUCCAAAGCGCUGCCUUUAGGUUUGGUCAUUCGUUAAUCCCUCCAGGAUUAUAUAGGAGAGAUUCAAAAUGUAACUACAAAAAAACAUCAAUGGGAUAUUUGGCUUUAAGAUUGUGUUCAACUUGGUGGGAUUCAAAUGAUGUUCUAAGCACAAACUCAUUGGAAGAACUACUAAUGGGAAUGACUUCACAAUUAGCAGAAAAAGAAGAUUCAGUCCUAUGUUCCGAUAUAAGAGACAAACUAUUUGGCCCCAUGGAGUUUUCAAGGCGAGAUCUUGGUGCUCUCAAUAUUAUGAGAGGUAGAGACAGUGGUCUUCCGGACUACAAUACAGUCAGAUCGUAUUAUAAACUGCCAAAAAUAAAAAACUGGACGGACAUCAAUCCAAAACUUUUUGAGGAUAAACCAGAAUUGUUAAGAAUGCUAGUGAGUGCGUACGACAAUAAUUUCGAUGAUAUAGAUGUAUAUGUUGGAGGAAUGUUGGAGAGUUAUGGUGGUCCUGGUAAAUUAUUUACUACAGUUAUAAAGGAUCAGUUUAUGAGACUGAGGGAUGCUGAUAGGUUCUGGUUUGAAAAUGAGAAUAGUGGAUUAUUCACUAAACAAGAAAUAGAGGAAAUCAAAAAAAUAACUCUUUGGGACGUUAUGGUAAACAGUACAAACAUAAAACCAACAGCCAUUCAGAAAAACGUAUUUUUCUGGAUGGAGGGAGAUCCAUGCCCACAACCAAUGCAGCUAAACACUUCCUUAAUGGAACCUUGCAAAAUUUUAAGCGGGUAUGAUUAUUUCGAAGGCAAUGAGUUGGUUUACAUCUACUCUUGUAUAUUCUUGAGUUUCGUGCCAAUAUUGUGCGCAGGCGCAGGGUACGGUGUGGUAAAACUCCAAAACCGACGUAGAAGAAGACUGAAAAUGAAACAGGAAGAAUUGCGAAAUAAGGAAGGAAAACUACCGAUAGAUACGAUGAUAGUGCACGAGUGGCUCCACGCAAACCACAAAAGACUGGUUAAGAUAAAAUUUGGUCCUGAUGCAGCUAUUAACAUAAUGGGACGUAAAGGGGAAAAACUAAGGACUUUAAACUUCAAGAGCUCAAAUAGCGUUGAUGUUGAGGAAUCUUUGGAGGUUACAUCAAAGAAAAAACCCAUGGUGCUCAUACACGUACCUAGGGAUCACGAUUUGGUACUCGAGUUAGAAUCAGUAGGGGCCAAGAAGAAGUUUUUGAACAAACUUGAGUUAUUCUUGACUUCGCACAAAAAAAACCUGAUUUGCAACCAAAUGGCGAGGGAGUUGAUGCUGGCUAAAGCAGAGACCAGACAACGUCGCGAAAGAAAGUUGGAGCAUUUUUUCAGAGAAGCUUAUGCUUUGACCUUUGGGUUAAGACCGGGCGAACGCAGAAGAAGAUCCGAUAGCUCCGCAGAUGGCGAAGUGGUUACAGUAAUGAGAACAUCUUUGACGAAAAGUGAAUUUGCGAAUGCUCUUGGUAUGAAACCAGAUGCUGUUUUUGUGACGAAGAUGUUUAAUAUUGUCGAUAAAGACGGAGAUGGUCGGAUAUCUUUUCAGGAGUUUUUGGACACUGUUGUGUUAUUCUCCAGGGGGAAAACGGAGGAUAAACUCAGGAUAAUUUUUGAUAUGUGCGAUAAUGAUGGAAAUGGAGUGAUAGAUAAGGAGGAAUUUUCCGAAAUGUUAAGAUCUCUGGUGGAAAUAGCUAGGACCACUAGUUUAUCUGAUGAUCAUGUUACUGAGCUUAUUGAUGGAAUGUUUCAGGAUGCUGGUUUAGAGCACAAAGAAUUUCUGACCUACUCAGACUUUAAAUUGAUGAUGAAGGAAUACAAAGGAGACUUUGUAGCAAUUGGUUUGGAUUGUAAGGGAGCUAAACAAAACUUUUUAGAUACAUCAACGAAUGUUGCGAGAAUGACCAGUUUCCACAUUGAACCAACUAUGGAUGUGGAGAAGAAUUUUCUAAGACUCAAAUGGGAUAGUUUAACAACAUUCUUAGAAGAAAACCGACAAAAUAUAUUCUAUUUAUUUGUAUUUUAUGUAACAACCAUAGCUCUAUUUGUGGAAAGAUUUAUACAUUACUCCUUUAUGGCUGAACAUACCGACCUAAGGCACAUAAUGGGAGUAGGAAUCGCAAUAACCAGAGGUUCAGCUGCCUCCCUAUCAUUCUGUUACAGCAUUUUGCUCCUAACAAUGUCUAGAAACUUAAUUACAAAGUUAAAGGAGUUCUCCAUUCACCAAUACAUUCCCCUGGACACUCAUAUUCAGUUUCAUAAAAUAGCUGCAUGUACUGCCUUAUUCUUUUCUGUUUUGCAUACUGUAGGUCACAUAGUUAAUUUUUAUCAUGUAUCCACUCAACCCGUGGAAAAUUUAAAGUGUCUGACCAAUGAGGUCAGGUUUCCUUCGGAUUAUAAGCCCGGAAUUUCAUUCUGGCUCUUCCAAACAAUAACAGGCAUCACCGGUGUCUUGCUAUUCAUAAUCAUGUGUAUAAUCAUUGUAUUCGCGCAUCCAACUAUUAGAAAGAAAGCGUAUAAAUUCUUCUGGUUCACUCAUAGUUUGUAUGUGCUUCUGUACGCACUUUGUCUAAUACACGGAUUGGCAAGACUUACUGGUGCUCCUAGAUUUUGGAUGUUCUUUAUUGGUCCUGGAAUCAUUUUUGCACUGGACAAGGUUGUUAGCCUAAGAACAAAAUACAUCCCCCUGGAUGUCAUUGAGGCCGAUUUGCUGCCCUCUGACGUGAUCAAAAUCAAAUUCUACCGCCCACCCAACUUGAAAUACCUGUCAGGUCAAUGGGUGAGGUUGGCUUGUAACGCCUUCAAGGUCCACGAGUUCCACUCUUUUACCUUGACUUCGGCACCCCACGAAAAUUUCUUGUCAUGUCACAUCAAGGCGCAGGGUCCCUGGACUUGGAAUCUAAGGAACUACUUCGAUCCUUGCAACUUUAACGUCGAAGAUCAACCGAAAAUUUUGAUCGAGGGGCCGUUUGGAGGCGGCAAUCAGGAUUGGUACAAGUUUGAGGUGGCUGUGAUGGUUGGGGGUGGGAUCGGUGUUACGCCCUAUGCGUCGAUAUUGAACGAUCUCGUGUUCGGGACUUCUACGAAUCGUUAUUCUGGAGUUGCUUGCAAGAAAGUGUACUUCCUUUGGAUUUGCCCGUCGCAUAAACAUUUUGAAUGGUUCAUAGAUGUUUUAAGAGAUGUAGAGAAAAAGGAUGUGACAAAUGUUUUGGAAAUACAUAUUUUUAUUACACAAUUUUUCCAUAAAUUCGAUUUGAGAACAACAAUGUUGUACAUCUGUGAAAAUCACUUCCAGAGACUAGCAAAAACAUCUAUAUUUACAGGAUUAAAGGCUGUUAAUCAUUUUGGAAGACCAGAUAUGACUUCCUUCUUGAAAUUCGUCCAAAAACGCCAUAGCUACGUCAGCAAAAUUGGAGUGUUUAGCUGCGGUCCUAGGCCACUAACAAAAAGUGUAAUGUCAGCUUGUGAUGAAGUGAAUAAAGGAAGAAAACUGCCGUAUUUUAUACAUCACUUCGAAAAUUUCGGUUAAUUUUCUUGUGCUUUAUCCUUAAGGCGAAAGUAAAUACCUACUGUACAAUACUUUAAUUUUAAUCAUAGGUAUAAUAUACAGUAUAUAAAAAAAGUAUUAAUUUAAUACUGCACAUUAUUUAUAUGCUAAUAAUUAUUGUACCUACAGUAUAAUAUUAUAUACAAUAAUUGUACAUUAUUAUUUUUACAGUAUUGUACAGUACCUAUUUACCUACCUAAUUUAUAUGUAAAU